AUGGAUUCCCAGCAGUCCAGUAUUUUGGCUGCUGAAUUCGUCACGUUCUCCAUGGCAACCAUAUUCAUACUCCUCCGCAUCAUGAGCCGGGUGGUUAAGCGAGUCAAUCUUUGGUGGGACGACUACUUGGCCAUCGUCUGCUACCUUAUGAAUAUCGUCUGGGUGGCCAUGAUUCCACUCUGGUUAAACAAGGGAGGACUCGGGCUUCAUGUAACCGACAUCACCUGGAUGACCGUAAGCGAGGCCGUCUCGAGAUCGAAGCUAUAUCUCUACAUAGGAGAGUUGGUAUAUUCAGUAGCGCUAUUCUGCGCCAAGGCAUCUCUCCUCCUGUUUUAUUGGCGCAUCGUCAGCGUGUCCAGCAUCAAGCUCCCGAUCCAAAUUCUCUUCGGCUGCGCAGUCAUUUGGGUCAUUUGCCGGAUAUUCAUAUCCAUCUUCCAUUGCAUUCCUGUACAGGCCUACUGGGAUCUCACCAUCACGGACGCGCGAUGCGACAUCGACGACAAGAAGUUCUUCCUGGGAAGUCUCAUUGUCCACGUCGCCAUUGACAUUGGAAUCAUGAUCUUACCAAUCAUCCAGAUACAAAAAUUGCAACUCCCCCGACUACAGAAGAUUGGUGUCAUAUUCAUGUUUGGUGUGGGUAUCUUUAUCUGUAUCACUGCCAUUGUCAUCAUGGUAGAGUCAACGAAAUUAGACGCAACAUCAUCGGAUCUAACAUGGAAUUUGGCCAUCAUUAUUGUUUGGGCUUCAGCCGAGGUGAAUCUGAUCACAGUCUCCGCAUGUCUUCCAACUGUACGACCUGCUCUCGCCUACGUGUGGUCUUGUGGCAGUCACGAAACCAGCUUGGGAUCGGGGUCCAAUACCUAUGGCCAAAGCCAGUCGAAAAAGUCGAUCCAUCUUUCAGCUUUGCGAAAGACCACAGGUGAGAAGGGUAGGGAAUCUGGCUCCACCUAUCAGCUGGCCGAUUCUAUUAGGAGCGGCGAUUCUCUGACCGGCUUUGACGCCCAUGCCUCAGAUAGACGUUUAGGAGUGGUAACAUCGGUGAGCCCGGGACGGGACACUUUUGAGAGCGACGACAACAUGGAGUCGGGAAUGAUCAGCGGGAUUAUGGUCAAGAAUGAAACAUCUUUUCGCAUAUCCACGCAACCCCCACCACGAUAAUAUAGCAUAA